CAGAUCUCUGCCAUCGCUUGUCUUUUGUGGCUGAGAAUAUCUAUUUUCUCACCAACGCACUGUUGUAUCAGGCUUGUGUUGCUGGCGCAUAUAUUGCAUAUUGCACAUUGCACAUUACACACUCGCAGCCUUACAGCAACAACAUAUGAUCUGAGGACUAUUCGGAAGCCUUCAGACCGGGUUUUGGUGGAAAGAGUUUUGCCCUCUCCAUACUAUCCAUACUCUGUCUAUAUACUCUCUAUACCAUAGCCUCUGUUCGUCGAAUCGCUCAAGGGUGGUAUUGGCUUCAUUUGGAUUCAACCAACCCACCCAACCCGUCCAACCCAGUUCAACUCAUUCGACCCUGUUCAAAACCAACAAACAACAACAACGUAUUGACGCCUACGCCUUGGACUUAAGAAGCAAAGCAAGCAAAACCUCUACACCGCUGUUGGUAUUUUGCAUACGUGCAUACAGUACCGCACAUUGCAGCACGUACGAUUGGGUCUCCAACCCUUGCAGCCACACUCGCUCGCUGCCAUUAGAUUCGCCAGCCUUAGACCUCGCCCGGGGCCAAUACCCAACCCCAAAAUUGAACAAACCCGGUAUAAACCCGGUAUAAACCCAGGGAGGGCUUUUUUGUGCGACGGACUGCAUCGGACACACUCAAAUCUCUCGAUCGAGUCGAUCGCCAACCUACUACGCUGGGGAAAUCUCGCCACCAGUGUGGAGGGGGAAGAAGAAAGAGGACCCACUGUCGCAUCUUCCAUCUCUCUUCUCACCUUUGAGAGGAAGAGUUAUAGUCGUCAUCGUUGUCCAUUCCUUAUUAUUGAGGGGCUGUUCAUUCUCGCCAGAGAAGCCAUAAAAGGCACAGAAGCCAGGGUCAUAGGAUUAAGUUACAGGUCAGAUUCCCACGGCGGAUAACACUACAUGCGAAGGGGCGAUUAACAUACACGCCACAUACUCUGCCGGGUUGGCUUUAAAACCCAUCGACUACGAUCAUCUUCUCGCCAAAGGUACGGCAACGAAAGCUGGCGUCAAGUUUGCUUGCUUCUCUAGCUCUUGAGAGCUCCGUUCCCUUCUCGAGGCCCUAUACUCGACGGGGCGGGGAAACAAAAGGUACUUGGGGGCCUUUGAGUUGCUGGGAUUGAUCCCCUUUCUGGCAACCCGGUUCACACAACAAGAUAACCUGGGCUGAAGGGCUGUGCAGCUACAGGCGAAGGCCCAGAUCCCAUACUUUCCGACCAGUCUUCGUUCAGCCAAUUAGCCGCCCAAAAACACCCAAACACCCAAACACGUCGUGACAUUGCGACAAUAAGGGACAUUGCUGAUACCCAGGGCUGUCAAGUCUAUUAGACGGUUAGCUGCCAUAACUGUGUGUGUGUACUGGUACCGGUACUCUUAAAAAGUGACCUGGCUGCCCCCCUCCCUCUGGGCUCGUCGCCGUCACCUUUUCGUCGAGGUCGUCGACCAACCUCAAAAUACGCGAGUGACGCCCCGAUACAACCUCUUCAGGGUUUCCUUGGGCGAAUAUCAAGUCAAACUCGAAGCCACACCACCUUCAUAUCACUCCCUCGCGGCCCGCCAAUCGUCUCACUUGUUUUGUUUUCUUCUCAUCCGCCGUCCAUAAGCAACCCGCAAACCACAACAAUACAACACAUUUCUUCCCUCCGUCCAUAGAGGACCGGGCUCCAGCCACUCAAGGCGGCUGGCUUACGGGUUGGCGGCCUACCGGUGACAACCAUCACUUCUCAAACACCACCCAUACCGCCGCCGUUUAUUCAUUACGGCCCGGUACGCCUUGACUCGAAGCCAAACAAUAUCUGUUGAAAUUGGCGCGCCUGGGUUUCUACAAGGAACGAGCAGGAAUUAGGUCACGUUGGUUAGCAGGGCUUCAAAUGACCGAAACACUUCAACCGGCUGCACUGGCAUACGAUCAUCUCAUGUCUACGCAAUCUGGUAAUAUACAAGAUCUUAACGCUUAUCCCGGCCUUCAAUCUUCAUCAUUUAUCAUCGGAUCAGACGCUGAGCCUGACAGCACGUUCAGACACGAAUUUACACACCAACAACAACCAGCGCCAUCCGGGAUGGGAUUGCGGUAUAUGGGCAUCCCUGCCUCAGAUGAUGCACGAUUUACUUCCGAAGGUACACCGCAGCAUAGUCCUGUAUACUCUGGUGAACCAAACCUUGCCUCAUCGACGCCCUCGACAGUACCUUUCUAUCCGAACGUCUUCCCACCAGCACUGACCAACUCUUCAUCUUACUCUAACACUUCUCCCUCGUACCUCCCCUCAAACCUCUCGAGCUAUUGCCUGCCCGACAUCAAGCAAAACUUCAAUUCCUUCUCAAACCCAGAUAUGCUCCCACCGUCUAGAUCUCCCCAUCUCCCGCAACUUUCCUCGUCCAUGUCGGCACGAGAUCCGUACAAUACUAAUUCCCAGCAACUGCGGCGCCACUCUGAGCUGUUAACUCGUUCGCCGCCGCCAGCUGGCUCAAUGAGGAACAUGCAGAUGUCACCUACAUCUAGUAGUGGUUUUACUAGCCCGCAAGGCAUGGAGAGCCCACAACCCGCAAAUAAUCCAAACGGCCCCCCUCCAUUGAACCCGACAGAGCUGUUAUACCAAAAUAUCCAAACUGCAGAUGGGCAACAGGUCCGACCAGAAAUCAUUGGAAAGAUAGACAAAGGCUUCUUUUUGGCAGAGAACGACUGGACUUGCUACAGGCGUAAUUAUUUCCAAAUUAGUUGCUCAUACACGCUACACCCAAGCGUGCCAACAGGAACUACUAUGCAUCUUAUGCAAGAAGGACAAUCAACACAAAUACAAGCAUUUGCAAUGUCGAUAUCUGCAGUCGUUGACGGAGAGCAUGGAAAGCCUAUCGAGUUGGUUCAGCAUACACCGAAGCGCGACAAAGGACCUCAAAUGAAACCAGAUCGCGUCGUUUUGUUGCCUCGCCCUGUCAAUACCACACUAUACAAUGGGAUCAAUGCCGAUGGUACCCUCUCAAGUGGAGGGCGCCCGCUUUUCGACCCAAACUACGCCCAGGUCUCAACCCGCCCACCUACAGAAUGUACCUUUGAGCGUAUUCAGUUCAAGCAGGCAACGGCCAAUAAUGGCAAAAGACGAGCUCGCCAGCAAUACUAUCAUCUAAUUAUUGAGUUGUAUGCCGACCUGGGCUCUCAACACGGUGACCGGAGGUGGGCUAAGAUUGCACGGCGGGUAUCCGCACAAAUGGUCGUUCGUGGUCGGUCGCCAGGCCAUUACCAUGCAGACAGAAGAGGUAGCAAUUCCAGCGCAGGCCCAGGGGGCGCCAAUGACCAAGGUGGUAGUAUUGGCGGUUAUAGUUCAAAUGGAAGCCUUGGGGGACGCUCUGGCGAUAUAUCACUUUCUGGAGGGUCUAGUCUGAUGUCAGGCGGUGGCUACGGCAACUCAUAUGAUGCCUCCAGAUCACGGCGAUAUCUGUCAAGCGCAGGCAUCGAUGUCUCCAAUGAGCCGAUGAUGGGUGCAGACGAGGAAAAAUCCUUUCACGACCUUGAGGGGUACUAUUAUUACCCACAUUCAGUGCACGAAGGCAGCAUUGGCAGCACUCUGCGCUCUCACGCUUUACCGCCUUACCAACCUCACCGGGAUGAUCGCAGCCAUUUAUCAACCCCAAGCUACCCAGGACGGGUAAAGCAGGAGCACCACACCGGCUUCAGUCUCCCGAGCCUCUCGAAUGGCACACAAGACUCAUUUGGGCGCAACUGCGGGCGCUUCGAUGGCGUGCCAACCUCCAGGGGCUACUAUCCAAGUACCUCGAUAGUGCACUCCGAGAUAAAUACUUCAUGAUGUCUCACAAAUGGCCUGUAGGUCAAAUGACCGAGGUGAUAUCCCGGAUGACCUGAAACUGCCUGACUCUCAGGCCAAUCUAUUCGAACCCGGCAUCCCUGGCUUGUAUUUGGACCCUGAGGAUGUGUUCGAGUACUAUCAUGUAUUUUGAUCAGCCGCUCGCUUUAGUGCUCUAUGCCACGACAACUUCAACAACACGGUUCGAUGGCACUUUCAUACUUUGCUUCAGCGGCGGAUUUUUGAAAAAUAUACUAUUUCUUGCCUAUUUUUACGUUCUUAUUGCGUCUCUACAUAUCAUCCAGCAGAUCGAAAUCUCAUUUCUCUCGCAACUAUGAUACUGGGCAUCGGAUUGUAGGAAAACAUUGAACAUGGAACAAAUCAAAGGGGAAAACGCGGCAAAUAGCUUGCGCAUACGCAAUAUGGCGAAAGGAGUAGGGGGAAAAUGGGAAUAUCGGAAUGAGAAAACACGGAGUCUACGGGUGGGAACAGGAAAGGCCAUACUUGGCCCGGAUGUGCGAGGUUUGUGCUCAGCAAUAUUUCUAAAUUAGCUUGUUUUUGUUUUUGUUUUUCGGUGGGGACCGGAGUGGGGGGUGCAAACAGGACUUUUCAUCAGGAAAGGAAAAUAGCUUCGGAUGACUCGAGCUUUUUGCUUUAGUCAUACUAGGAUACGACAACAGCAUGGAUAAAGCCGGUGUGACGGCUCGAUAGAAGGGUAAUGGAGGAGAGGCAAAGAAUACCAGACACGACGGGGACCAAGUGAAGCUAUGAUUGGUCCGUAUCAUGGCGAGUCCCCCAGGAUGAAUGACAGACGGAGUGGAGAUGGGGAAGGAAAGGGGGACAAAAUGCCAACGUGAUUUGCGGGAAAUGUGAAGCGAUGUUGAUGACGAGAUACUAUUCGAUCAGUCUCUCCCUUGAAGUUAGCCGCGUAGUCUUUGUUGCUUUGUUAGUAAUGAAUGGGUGGACAUCUGAUUA